AUGGGCCGUCUUCAGGAUAAAGUCGCCCUUGUUACCGGCUCCUCGUCGGGCCUGGGUCGAUCCAUCGCAACUCGCUACGCCCAAGAAGGCGCAAAAGUCGUCUGUGCAGAUAUCACUCCCACGGCGCGUUCCCAGAUUCCAGAAGAGCUGCAGAUCACCACGCAUGAUGCCAUUACCCAAGCCGGUGGACAGGCGAUAUUCAUAGCAACCGAUGUAGGAGAUGCAAAAGCCGUUGGAGAUGCCGUCCAAGCGGCUGUUACCGAGUUUGGCAGAUUAGACAUCCUGGUCAAUAAUGCUGGAGUCGCGCUUGAAGCCCGCCAUCCAGCCAAGAUCCACGAAACCGACGAGGCCGUCUGGGACACGACGAUGCGCGUCAACGCGAAGUCGGUCUUCCUGGGCUGCAAAUACGGUGUUGCUCAGAUGCUGAAGCAAGAGCCCCAUUCAUCCGGUGAUCGCGGAUGGAUUAUCAACAUUGCUUCGAUCUUCGGCCUCGUCGCCGGGCUCCAUAAUCUGUAG